ACCAUGUUGAGCAAACCAGCGAGACAGACUACUGACAAGUGUUGUUACAUAACGGAUGAGGUUUUUCCUUCAGCUUGCGGUCUUUCGUCAUUGUCAAAUCAGAUGAUGUAAAAAGUAUAGCUUUUAACACGUGUAUUUUCUAAUAACGCUAUUUAAAACACUGAGAGUUACGAAAGUAAGCUAUAGCUCAAAAGCAUUAAUAAAAUAAUGGAAUUUCCCAAUCGCAUGUCCGUUUCGAAACUGACUGCAGUAACUUUCUUGCUACUUCUAAUUCUAAAAGAUUCUGGAGCUCUUCAGAUAACACGCUUGUCAGUCCCAUCAUGGCUGAAGAACGGCUCACAGGAGUCCGUGGUGCUGGACUGUGAAUACGACUUCACCAUGAAAGAUAAUCACCUUGUGGUGAAAUGGUUUCUAGACAACGAUCCAGAACCGAUCUACCAAUGGAUCCCAGAACUUGGAAGCAGAUAUUUCUCUUACCGCCUGCAAGGCCGGGUAAACCUAGAUUACAGCGUUUCUCCGUCCACUGAGUACACUAGGUACCGAGCCAUAAAUAUUAUCAACCCCACCACUGACAUGUCGGGGAUGUACACUUGCAACGUGUUGUCAAGAGCAGGAGAGGACUUGCAAAAGAAGCUGAUGAUUAUAUACGCACCUCCGAAAGAAUUUAUUUUCACGUUGAGCUACGAAAAAAACGAUGACCUUCGGCUGCAGUGCGAAGCUAAAGGAGUUUUUCCAGAUCCAGAACUGAAGUUGUACAAGCUGACUUCUACAGAGAAGUUGCAGGAUCUGGCAGCAGUUGUGGUCCAGAUGAUUGCUCAUGAUCCCUAUAAUGGUUAUAAUGUCACUGUUAUGAAAUCUCUAAAUAUAAACACGUUGUCUCGUAAUGAGCCUACGAUAUUUGAAUGCGUACUUACUAUUAACGGAACAAAAUUUCUGAGAGAAAGAAGACUUUUUUAUUACCCAGAUGAACUUUCCAGCAAAGCUUCAAGAUUGGCAACGAUCGACUUCAAAGUUUUGGUUUUCCAAAUACUUGCAAUUUUUUCCAGUUGUCGCACACUACAACAAAAAGUUUUCUCCUAAUGUAUAAACAUGAAGAGUGUGGAUGUUUGUAUGUGAUUUUGAUGGCGAGUUUCCAUGUAGUAAUAUGUGAAUAUAUAUAUAUAUAUACAUAAUUGGUUAAAAUUUAAAACUGAAGUUCUGCAGAUAUUCAAAAACAAAAUAUCUACACAUAUACUAAAAAAUAUUGUUGUUCUAGUCAUGGACUAUAAAAAGGAAUAGUUGUGUGAACUGUGUAUUGUGUUUCCCAACUAAAGAAAGGAAUAUUAAUCGUUGAUGAUUUUUUUUAUGUUAUCGUAAGAAAACAAACUAGUACACUAGUUAGCUUAUGUAAUUUAAACAAGAGAGAGGAGUGUUUUGUAUGAUUUGUGGUGUAACUUUCAGUUAAUAUAAUCUCAUAUCCUGCCUUUCGAUAAUCUUAAAAUGAGCAGCCAUUCUUACAGAAACCUAUUUCUUCAUCUUAGUAAUUGUUUUCUCUGGGACUAUAAAGGAAGAAAUUAAGAUCUGCUAAUAAGCUCGAGGCUAACGUUAGAAAGAGAACAGUUCACAUGACAAAGAAAUGCAGUAGGGACUAGUUACAUUAAUACGUUGAGGAUUUUUGUCUACCCAGCAAAUCUCUUUCGACUUAUAUGAGAUGAUUACGCGUUUUGUUUUUAUUAAGUUACCGAAGAAUACUGUUUCCAUUAAGUUUUUAAGUAACCUUAAUUAAUUUCUGGCUUGUUUAUAAUUUUGUAUUUAUUUGGUUGAAAGUUUGAAGCAGUCACGCUGUAUUUCAGGAAUCAUUUCUAAAAUCAAGGACUGAAACCGAGGAGCGUGAUAUUGAUUGCUAUUUCUAUUGUUAUAAAAUAGAAAUUACUCGGAAUUAUUUUAUAGAACGGUUUGUUAGUUUGAAAUCAGUUGACUAACUAUAAUUUAAAUGUAAAGUGUUAUUUACUAAAUAAAGUUUUAAGUGACUGUUAAAAUAUUCUAACUCUUCUAAGUAUCUGUUCCAGCUGUAUCAUUUUACUAACAUGUAUUGAUAACUGUAUUGUCAUAAAACUACAAUGACAGUUUUGUCUAUUUAAACAACAGUAAAUUUACUGCACAUUUGAAUUUAUUACACAAUUUACAAUUUUCCGAAAAAAUGAACCCAAUUGUUGUCAGUACAUUAUGAAACAUUCUGUACAUGCUUUAUAAUUUUCUUCAAAAUGUAUAAAAUCAACUUUA